CUCGCGGAAGGCAAUGCCUAACUGUAAAAACUAGUGGAAAAUCGACCGGGAGUGAGUGGCGGCAUUGGGAGGAUUAAAGUUUGGGGAGGGGAGAGAGGAGCAGGAAGAUCUCUCCAGGAGAUUGAAUUUAGAAAGGAUUAGAUUUCCAAUAAGUGACCAACCUGGAAACCCAACGCCUUCGGUAUUCAUUAACACAAAGUGAGACUCGCCGCGGUCGAAUGUGAUCUGUCUUUAACAAAACCCAUUGGCUGGGCCUGAUCGAAACAUUGCAGUUUCCAGACACCUCCAGGAGACAAGAUUUGUGGUCGUGGUUACAGUUGAAGAAUCUGGGGCCAUUAUUAAAAAAAUCACAAGACGUUUUGUGAUCUGAAAUAACUAUGAUCUUCAGGAACUAGAAAAAAAUGGGAAAAGAGCUCACAAUGUAGUCGGCAUUCCUGAAGCUGUCAUGCAUAGGUAAUCUGUAUCUUGGACAUUAAUUGAAUUUUAAACUAAAAUAGGAAUUAGCGUCCUUCUGGACUCAACAGUGGAUAUGUUGAGUGAUGUCAUAUGACGCAGCUGAAUGGAUGCAAAUAAUAUUUUAGUUAGCCUGCGUGAGCACCCUUAUCAUAUCCGAUACAGAAUGGAAGCUUCCUGCUUGGAAUUGGCCUUAGAAGGUGAACGACUGUGUAAAACAGGAGACUGUCGAGCUGGGGUGUCAUUUUUUGAAGCCGCUGUUCAGGUUGGAACAGAGGACCUGAGAACUCUCAGUGCCAUCUACAGUCAGCUUGGAAAUGCCUACUUUUACUUGCAUGAUUAUUCGAAAGCACUGGACUACCACCACCAUGAUUUGACUCUUGCAAGAACAAUCGGUGAUCGACUGGGAGAAGCUAAAGCUAGUGGUAACCUUGGCAAUACUUUCAAGGUUUUAGGACACUUCGAUGAAGCAGUUGUUUGCUGUCAAAGACAUCUAGACAUUUCCAGGGAACUCUGUGAUAAGGUGGGUGAAGCAAGAGCACUUUACAACCUUGGUAAUGCAUACCAUGCUAAAGGCAAAAGUCUGGCUUGUGCAGAAACUCAGAAUCCAGGUGACUUUCCAGAAGAGGUGAUUGUGGUUUUACAAAAAGCCUCAGACUACUAUGAGGCAAAUUUAGCAAUUGUAAAGGAGCUGGGAGACCGAGCAGCUCAGGGGCGUGCUUAUGGAAAUCUAGGAAAUACACAUUAUCUUUUGGGGAACUUCAGAAAAGCAGUGAAAUCCCACAAAGAGCGCUUAGAGAUUGCAAAGGAGUUUGGAGACAAAUCAGCUGAAAGGAGAGCGAGUAGUAAUCUGGGAAAUGCCUAUGUGUUUCUUGGUGAAUUUGCAUUGGCGGCUGAAUAUUACAAGAGAACACUACAUCUUGCUAGACAGCUAAAGGACAGGGCAGUUGAAGCACAAGCUUGUUACAGCCUUGGAAACACUUAUACUCUUCUUCAAGACUACGGAAAAGCCAUUGAAUAUCAUUUGAAACAUCUUAUGAUAGCACAAGAACUUGCAGAUAGGAUUGGUGAAGGGAGAGCUUGUUGGAGUUUAGGAAAUGCUUACACUGCACUAGGAAAUCAUGAACAAGCUGUACAGUUUGCUGAGAAGCACUUGGAAAUUUCAAAAGAGGUUGGGGAUAGAAGUGGUGAACUUGCAGCUCGGAUGAAUCUUUCAGAUCUUCAGAUGGUUUUGGGCAUUAGUUAUAGUGCAAACAACUCCAUUUUGGCCAUAGGCCACGAACUGGAAUCCAACUCACAAGGUGCUCGACCAAGCUUAGGACGUCGACAGAGUAUGGAGAAAAUGGAACUAAUGAAGCUAACACCAGAUAAGGGUGAAAUUCUUGUGAAACAGAAACCUGCACUUUGGAAACCAUCAACAAAGUUGCUAUUUCUAAAUCGAUUCCGGGUCAAAAAGCAUAAAAGUAACAGUUCAUCUGCUAAAGUUCCUCAAAAGAGAAUCAAUCCCAGUGUGGUGGGAGAUGAAGGAUUUUUUGACUUAUUGAGCAGAUUUCAGAGCAAUCGGAUGGACGAUCAACGAUGUUCAUUCAUAAAGAGUCAGAAUGGGUUGACAAGCACUGCACCAACCUCAUCAACCCCAUCUAAAAUAUUUGGUGCCUCACCACAGACAGGUGAAUUUUUGGAUCUGCUUGCAAGCUCCCAGAGCCGUCGGUUAGAUGAUCAGCGUGCAAGCAUUGGCAAUCUUCCAGGUUUACGGCUAGACCAGCAUAAUAAUCACUCUGUACUUAGUCACCUGAUCACCAGUGGAGAUAGUAAGGAGCCAGAUGAUUCUUUCUUUGAUAUGCUGGUGAAAUGUCAGGGUGCUAGACUAAAUGACCAGAGAUGUGCACCACCACAGGCUGUACAUAAAUCUAUUACUGUUCCCGAUGAAGAUUUCUUCAGUCUUGUCCUGCGAUCUCAGGCCAAACGGAUGAAUGAACAGCGUGUGGCACUUCCCUCAAAUAUGACGGAACAAAAGAGGGAGCUCUCCCAUUGAAUGACAUAUACAUGCUUGCUUACUCAUAAUUAAGAAUCUAAUUAUUCUGGGAAAGUUGAAAUUUAAUGUUUUGAAUUUGAUACAAUUCACACUGCACUUUGGAAUAAUGGCUGUCUUACAUUCUAAAGGUUCUGUUGCCCACAAGUGGAUGUGGCUCUGAGGUUUUCUUUCAUUGUACAGUUCUAAAUUUUCAAAGGAAUUUCAAUGACUUGAGAAGAUAUUAAAAACUGGACUAAUGGUUCGAAUUCCUUAUAAACUAGUCAAAAAUAUUUAAGUAAUCUCCAUUUUUUGUAAAAUUGAAAGCAUUCUUAUAUCAAUGUAAUGAUGAGUAAUAAUAGGAUCAUCCUGCUUUUUCUUAAAGUGUUAGAUCAAAAAUAUUAAUGUUGGUUACAUUUAUUUUUAGAUGUAUUUCAAUUUCAGUUAGUAAAAUAAAGUUGCAACCAGAUUUUUUUUGAAAGAUGAGCACUACCUGUUUUUAGAUUUCAUUUCAACAUUUAAUUACUACAGGAAAUCAGUGUUUAUAACAAUUAUCUGAAGUACAAAUAUAUUUGUAGCCUUAAUGUAUUCUACUACUAAUCCUGUGCUGAUUUUUUAUUUUCUCUUGCAGUUUAGAAAAGUUUCAAAUUGUACAAUUUCCAGAUUUUGUAGAAAAAAGAAAUCUGCUGCUAUAAGAAAUGCUUUUAGUUCUUUAUAAAUGCUGAGUAUUGGCUUUGUAAUAAUUUUUUUGUGGUUAGCGUCAGUCUUGACUUUUCACAUUGGGUUUAAGAUCUCCAAGUCUAUCCCUUUUGAAGUCAUUCAUUCUAGGUUUAUUUCAGUCAGGUAAAAAAUAAGUUUUUUUUGAUAAAAAAUAUAGUUGUAAAAGUUCUAAACAAAGGUAUUCCUCAAAGUUGUAGGAGAACAACAAUUCUGGACUAUCUACCAGAUUUUUUUUUUCAAAUGUAAAUCUCAGGAUAAAAGCUACAAAGAGGCAUAUUGAACUUUUUUUUUCCCUACUAGUGUCUCUUAAUAAAGCAAUUUGAGCUGGUAAUGUUUCCUAACACUAUGCAUUUCUUAUAUCUUUUGCAAUAAUGAUAGAAUAAAGCGAGUGAACAAGCUUACAAAUAUUGAGUCAAUAUUUGAUUUGUUUUUUUUUUGAAAAAUGAUCUCAAGCAGCUCAAUUUGAAAAUUUGUGUUCCCAAAGCAAAAUGAGCAAUGUGUUGUAUUUGUCACUACAAAACACUGAAUAUUGACAAAAUAUAAAAUUUCAUUACUUUUAAUAUUUUUAGGGAGGCAAGGACUACAAUUUUUUUUUAUCUAGAGUGUUGAUCAUUAUUGGCUUUCACUUCAACUACUGAAUGUUGGUUGAGUGUUUUAUUUCGUAAUGAUGUAGUGUGUUGUGGAAUCAUGACUUCACUAAUGUAUUUUUGUUAUAGAUACAACAUUAAAGUAUGUUGCUUUCAAA